GCCACUUCCUGUGUUUGUGUAGAUAUAAUGAAGCCCAUCAUUUCUUUGAUCUGGUUGAGUCUAUUCGUCUUUCUGACUCUGCCUGCCUUCCAAGCUCAACCAGUCAAAACAACACAAGCUUCAGCCAGUUCAGAAAAUAACACCAAUGCAACUACUAACGAAUUAUCCUCCACUAGCAACAGCGCGUCACAGGCACCUCUGAAAAAGAACUCCAAUGACACGGCCCGAGAAUCCAACUCUUCUACAGUGACAACCUUCACAGCCCAGGUGGCUUCAACAACAAAAAACAUUCCCACGAUCAAAGAAACGACAGAUUCUCAAAGCACACACACGAAGCUCACUACUACUACCAUAGCACCUCCUAUUAACCCAGAGGCUAGUACUGCCACCAUAGCACCUCCUAUUAACCCAAAGGCUAGUACUGCCACCCCAGGAAGAGGGGGAGCUGGCAAGGCUGUGGUGGUGGUAGUUAUUGUGCUAGUGCUCUUGGUGGUCUUUGUGUUCGUCUUCAGAUGGACGACCCAGCAGGAGGGCAGAGCAGGGAAUGCCGCCCGUCACUGCUCCACCGGCCUGCAGGGGCAACUGAGGAGAGUCGUCACGGCGAUUGAAGGAUGUCUAGGCGUAAAUCUGUGGCCUCAGAAACGGAUGGAGAAUGAGGAGGAGGGAGAGGAAGAGGAGAUGAAUGAGAACAACGAAGCAGCAGGAGGCAGGAAGGUACAGAGGGGCAGCCAGGAAGAUGAUGAGGAGGAAGAGGAAGGGGACCAGAGAGAGGAGGGUGGCGACUCUUCUGAUGACUACUCAAGUCUGGAAGGCAUGGAUCUCCGGGAACGAGCCAGACAGAAGCAGGAGGAAGACGGGAACAGUGAGAAGGAGAGGGAGAGAAAGACAGAAAAAGCAGAUGAGGAGCUGACGUCAGUCACCCUGGAUGAUGAACACAAGGAAGGGGAUGGGGGGAUUGACGUGACCGAACUGUGAAGUAACUGGUGACAGGAUGGGAGGAAUAUUUAGCAUUUGUGCAUUUUGAAAAAGUUUUUAAAAAAAUUUCCCAUUUUCACAAAUGUUUUACAUUUGGAAUAUUGUUGUCAACUGAGAUCUAUGUAUUUUAACCCUGAUGUUUACAAACAUUUGUUUCAAUUAAUAAAGUGAUAAUUACAUUGACGUUUA